AAAGUGACAACAAAAUCGUCUACGUUCAAUUCGCUCUCUCCCUCACUCCCUAGUCCCUACAAUAAGGAAACAACAAAUAUCUAAACUUCUUCUUUAAUGGAAAAAUACAGAGAAAACUUCUUUUAAUUUCUAGGGUUUAGAGAAAGAGAGAGUAAUGCAGAAGGAGAAGGUUUUGAUGAAUGCGGGUUUGAAACCCUCUUGCAUGAAAGAAAGUACUCCAAGAGAAGAACGGAUUCGCGUGAAUAAGAAACACCUACAGAAGUUGCUUGAAGAAUGUCAUAGAAAGCUUGCGUUACUCAAAACCACCACCACCACUACGAACCCAAACGAUGAUGACGAGGAUGCAGAGAAAUUUUCAUCCGAAUGUGCCGAUUUUCAGCUAUGCGAUCUUAUAAAAUCAACAAUUGAGUCUCCCAAUUUCAUAGAAAAGCUGGGAAGUGUUCAUGUGUCAGCUCAAGAAAGCAUAAACGAGGAAGGUAAUUCUUGGGAUGUGAUUAAUGACAAUGAUUUAUGGGAAGAUGGUAACAUCGAUGGAGAUGUUGAGUCAGAUCAAAAUAGUUAUGUUUUUGUAAGGCAAGAAGACAUAAUGGAGGGGAUCGCUUGCUUUAUGGCUACAUAUUUGCCGUCCUUACAGCAAACAAGAGAACUAAGUCCCAAUGAACUCCAAGAAGUUCUGAGCAAAACAUUCUCCAUAAAAAAGAAAAAGGGAAAACUUCAGAAGGCAUGGGAUGGAAGUAAAGUGAUAUAUAACCUAGCUUCAUGGGGAGCAACUGCUGCCGGGAUUUACCAAAACCCUGCAUUGUUUAAGGCAGCUUCUGUGGCCUUCUGGAGUUCUUGCCGCGUUUUAUCAGAGCUUUUCUGAGCACUACUGCACCUACUGUGUUAAGCUCUCGUAGUUGGGGUUCUUCCUAAAGCUGAAAUCAUAAAAGAUCUACAAAAUUAAGCUGUGCUGAGUGCCUUGGACUUGAUCUGCAGGAGAAAUUGCAGGGUUACUUCUAUACUACUGUUCCGGUGCUUGAUUACCCUUGCCCCUUCAUUUUAUUUGUAAAUGGUGCAAAAUCACCUGUCAGUAACUCCUUGUACAGUCAGUCCAAGUGCUUGUAUUAUGUCUUGGUCACUGAGGUCAAAUGAUAUCAAGCUCCAGCACAUAGUGCCGGAAUUGCUACAUCAUGAAGGGAAUAAAAGAAACUCAUUAACUCAAGAGAAAUGAUGGGCUGUCAGCCACGUCAAAAUAUUUCCAACCUUCCAACUUCCUGCAAUAAAGAGUACAGUAGUAAGCAAAGGAUCUCCCACAGAGAGUAGGGAAUUUCUUUGUUGUCAAUUUCUUAGAGCAAGUCUUAUGCUGGAAUCCAAUCUA